CGGGCGGUGCCGCCGCCCGGGCAGCGCGGGGGGUUCGGCGGCGGAGCGGGGGCUGCGCUCGUGACUUCGCUUCUCCCCGCAGAGAGGCGCCGGCACCGCUGAGGGGACGAGGCGCUUUUUUCCCGGCCGGUGGCGGCGGGGCGGCACCGGACCCAGGAGGACCGAGGGAAGGAUCGGCGGAGCAGCAUCCCGGCACGGGUCGUCCCGUCCCUGCCCUGCUCGGUGCGUCCCAUCGCGGCCCGCUGCCGCCGGCCCGGGCCAUGGGCCGGCCCGACUGAGAGCCCGCGGAGCGUCCGGCAGCCCGGCCGGUGCUGCCCGGAGCGCCGAGGCGGGGCCGCAGCAGCGCGGGGAAGAUGCGCUCGGCGGCGCGGACAGCCGCGUUCCUCCUGCUCUGCGGGGUGGCCUUGGGUCUCUACUUCCCCAGGAAGGAGUACCUGGAGAAUGUCUACAUUGAUGCUCCAGUGGGAAUGCCGCUCCUGCACAUCCAUGCCUUGAAGGAUUCACGUGAGGAAGCAGCCCACUUUCAUCUGUGCCAGAAUCUCAUAAUUUCUCGAGCAAGAUCACAUGAAAAUAAUUGGUUCCAAAUCAGAGAAAAAACAGGACUUCUCUACCUCAGCAAAAGCCUGGAUAGAGAGGAUUUUAACAUGCUGUCUGUAGGAAAUUGGAUGCCAUUAUCCAAGGUGAUGCUGUAUGUCUUCCUUUCAUCCCACCCUUUCCAAGAGAGGGAAUGUGACUCCGCUACACGCACCACGGUUUUUCUCUCUUUGAUCAAUGCUACUGCACCAGCUUGCAGUUCCCUGACAGCAAGGCAGCUUUGCUUCACAGAAAUGGAUCUCUCCUUUCACAUCAAGGAGAAUAAACCACCUGGUACAUUUCAUCAGCUCCAGUUACCCUCAGUUCAUCAUCUGUGUCAGAAUCUCAGCAUUUCCUACAAAUUGCUUGCAGCAGAAGGUGUUCCCUUUCGGUACAACGAGAACACCACCAGCGUGCGGGUGACGCGGAGCCUGGAUCGGGAGGAGAGGGAGAGAUACGAGCUCAUUGCCAAGUGCACCGUCAGAGAGGGAUUCAGGGAAAUGCAGGUUGAGGUGCCUUUCCUGGUGAACGUGUUAGAUGAAGAUGACUCUCCUCCCUUCCUUCCCAAUGGCACUGAUACUGCAGAUGCUGUCGUGGAGUUCAACAGGAAAGAGGGCACUGUUCUUUCCACGCUGACUGUGUACGAUGCAGACACCACACCUAUCUACCCCCUUGAAAGCAGCAGAAAGAAAUACACAGGAACCAUCAUUACUGAUGAUCCCUGGAUAAGUGAAACAUUUCGUGUAGAGCACAUCUUUGAUGAAAUCCACUUCAACCCAAAUGGCAGCCAAGUGAGGGGAACUCGGCAUGAGUACAAACUGGUACUGAAUAAAAGCAUUUCAGUCACAGAGCAUCGUUCCUUCCAGCUGGAUGUUUUGGUGAAUGACACAGAAUUUCAGGGCCCAGAAAGAUCGGUGAUGCUUCAUUUCAAUGUCUCCAUCCUCCCUGUCAGCAUCCAGUUUUCAAACAUAACUUACCAGUUCACAGUGAACAGAAAUGCUGAACGCUUCGCACAAAUAGGAAAGAUCUGCAUUGAGAACUGCAUGAAAUUCCGUGGUGUAAACAUCACCUACAAGUUGCUGUCCCCCAACGCGAGCUGCUAUCCUGUCAGCAUUCUGCAAGGCCGGGAGGAUAAAUAUGGGAGCCUUUAUGUGAACGAUUCCUCUGUGCUGCGCAGACCUGAGUGCAAGGAAAUACAGUACACUGUUCAAGCUACUGACAAGCAGAGCAGGAAACACACCAAAACCCUCCUCACUGUUGUCCUGGAAGGGACUCUUUUAAGAAAAGAAGAGGACUGCCCUGACUCUUGUGCUAUAAGUAAGCACCGUGCUGAAUGUGAAGAGUGUGGUGGCCUGGGAGUGCUAACAGGAAGAUGCCAGUGGAGACAGGGGAGUGGGAAAGGGAUCACCACAAACUAUUCCACGUGCACCCCCAGCAUCAAGACUUGUCCGGAUGGCAUCUGUGAUGUGGUGGAGGGCAGAGACCCGGCUGUGUGCCCCCAAGACUGCACAAGUGGAAACAUUAUUGGUGGCCAUGGGAAGGGCAUUGGAAAUCUUGGAAUUAAGUCGGGACAUGGGAUUUGUUACUGCUUCCCAAGACAGAACUGUUAUUGUGAGAAAGAUGAUAUCAAAGAGCAACUGUGUGAUGAUGUGUGCAAGACCGUGAUCACAGCAGCAGUGGUGUUGUGCUUCGUCAUCUCCGUGCUGGUUUCUUACUAUUGCAUCCACCGUUACCACAAGAACUCCCCGAAGCCGCCCAUCGCCUCCGCGGAAAUGACGUUCCGGCGCCCGGCGCAGUCCUACCCCAUCAGCUAUUCUUCCAGCAAUGUCCGCCGGCCUUCCCUGGAUUCCAUGGAGAACCAGGUGUCCGUAGACACCUUUAAAAUCCCUGAAGAUCCAAAGUGGGAAUUCCCUCGGAAGAACCUAGUCCUGGGCAAGACUCUUGGAGAAGGAGAAUUUGGGAAGGUCGUCAAGGCGACAGCGUUCCGACUCAAGGGAAGGGCUGGCUAUACCACUGUGGCAGUGAAAAUGUUAAAAGAAAAUGCUUCCCAGAGUGAGCUGCGAGAUCUCCUGUCAGAGUUCAACCUUCUGAAACAAGUCAACCAUCCUCAUGUCAUCAAACUUUAUGGAGCCUGCAGUCAAGAUGGCCCGCUGUAUUUAAUUGUGGAAUACGCCAAAUACGGCUCCUUGCGCAGUUUCCUCAGGGAAAGUCGAAAAGUGGGCCCGAGCUACGUGGGCAAUGAUGGCAACAGAAAUUCCAGUUAUUUGGAUAACCCUGAUGAGAGAGCCUUAACGAUGGGAGACCUGAUAUCGUUUGCAUGGCAGAUAUCCCGAGGGAUGCAGUACCUCGCAGAGAUGAAGCUCGUGCAUCGGGAUUUAGCAGCCAGGAACGUGUUGGUGGCAGAAGGGCGCAAAAUGAAGAUUUCUGAUUUUGGCCUCUCACGUGAUGUAUAUGAAGAGGACUCGUAUGUAAAGAGGAGCAAGGGUCGAAUCCCUGUGAAGUGGAUGGCCAUAGAGUCCCUAUUUGACCAUAUCUACACAACACAAAGUGAUGUAUGGUCAUUUGGAGUUCUGCUAUGGGAGAUUGUUACUUUAGGAGGCAAUCCUUACCCAGGUAUUGCUCCUGAAAGACUCUUUAACCUCCUAAAAACAGGCUAUAGAAUGGAGAGGCCAGAAAACUGCAGUGAAGAAAUGUACAACCUCAUGUUGCGCUGUUGGAAGCAAGAACCUGAUAAAAGACCAACAUUUACUGAGAUCAGCAAGGAACUAGAGAAGAUGAUGGUGAAGAGUAGGGACUACUUAGACCUUGCGGCUUCCACCCCCUCCGAUUCCUUACUGUACGAUGAUGGGCUCUCAGAAGAGGAGACACCUCUCGUGGACUGUAAUAAUGCUCCCCUCCCUCGAACCCUCCCUUCCACAUGGAUUGAAAACAAACUCUAUGGCAUGUCAUACCCGAACUGGCCUGAGGAGAGCCCCGUUCCACUCACAAGAUUCGAUGGCACUAACUCUGUGUUUUCAAGAUAUGCAAAUGAUAGUGUAUAUGCUAACUGGAUGGUUUCACACUCAGCGGCAAAAUUUAUGGACAAGUUUGAUAGCUAAAAUUUUCUUUGUGAAAGGUAAUGGACUCCUGAGGAAAACAAGGAGGCAAAGAGUGGGAAGUCCAUUGGCUCGUUCUUUGUACAAUCAACAACUAACUUUUAAAUUGGCAAAUCCCUUUAUUAGUAGUUUUUAAAGUGUGUUAUUUAUGCUGAAGACUAUAAUUGGUACUCUCCCCUUUCAGAAAACAUAUCAAGCUGGAUAAGAGUUGUAGUUCUGGUACUUCCUUCUAAGUUGCCAGUUUGCAAAUGGUUCCAUUUGGCAACUUCUUAGUGCAAAUGGCCUUGCACUUCAUCCUCAGUGUUUUUUUAGACUAACCAUCCUGUGUUACAGCAUUCUGGGAUGGUAAUAUGUACUUGAACUGCUACUUUUAUAGUGGCUGUUAGCAUACAACCACUUGAUCUAAGCAGGAAGCACAAACAAUAUAUAGAAGGGAGGAGGGAAACAGGCUCCCAGAUUACUGAGCUUGCUAUCAAAUGACAAGUGUUAGAAUGACGUUGGCACUAACAAAGCCAAUAUCUUGGUUUGGAAGCAAACAUUUAGUAACUCAAUAGAGGACUUGAGAUUCAACAUUUGAAGUCUUGUAAAAUGUAUUGUCUUGUCUUAAUGAGAAGAAAAUUUGUUUUAUUAGUCUUAACUUCUUACCUUUAGCACAAUGGAGAUAAAUUUGAUACAAGAUAAGCUGUAUAGACUGAUGGCAAUCAAGAGUGUUUGUCUGACACAUUUACGUUCCAUCAUUGACAUAUUAGUAAUGUUAAAGCAUACAAUCCUGUACAACCAUAGCUUCUUUUAUGAGUUAAAAAUAGUCCAUACGGGAUUUUUAGAUUGAAUUCAUAGAAUAGAAUAGUCACAUCAUCGAAUGGUUUGUGUUGGAAAGGAACUUGGAGGUCAUCUAGUUCCAACCCCCUGCCCCCCAGCCCACUUCUCUGUUGUGGGGAGGGAUAUCUUCCACUAAAGCAGGUUGCUCAAAUUCCCAUCCAGCCUGGACUUGAACACUGCCAGGGAGGGAUGUGGCAUCCACCACUUCUCUUGGAAACCUGUUCCAGUACCGCACCACCUUCACAGUAAAGAAUUUCUUCUUAAUAUCUAACCUAAACCUGCCACCUUUUAGUUUAAAGCCAUUCCCCUUCUCCUAACAUUACAUGCCCCGUAAAAGACUCCCUGUCCAGCUUUCCUGUAGGCCCCCUUUAGGUACUGAAAGGCUGCUCUAAGGUCUCCCCAGAGCUUUCUCUUCUCCAGGCUGAACAGCCCAAACUCUCUCAGCCUGUCCUUAUAGGUGAGGUGCUUAGCCCUGUGAUGGUCUUUGUGACCCUUGUCUGGACUCACUCCAACAGAUCCAUGAACUCAUUAUGCUGGAGCGUCCAGGGCUGAUGCAGCACUCCAGGUUGGGUCUCACAAGAAUAGACUAGAUGGGGAGAAACCCCUCCUUGACCUGCUGCCCAUGCUGCUUUUGAUGUAGCCUGGGAUACAGUUGGCUUGUUGGGCUGUAAAAGCACAUUCCCUGGUGAUAUUGAACAUCUUCCAUUCUCCAACCAGCCUUUGUGCUUGGGAUUGCCCUGACCCAGGUGCAGGACCUUGUUUUGCCUUGUUGAACUUCAUGAGGUGUUUGUGGGCCCACCUCUCAAGCCUGUCAAGGUCCCUGUGGAUGGCAUCCCUUCUCUCCAGUGUGUCAGCUGCACCACACAGCUUGGUGUCCUUGAAAAACUUGCUGAGGGUGCCCUCGAUCCUGCUGUCAAACAUUGCCCAUCCCAAUACCAACCCCUGAGGAACGGCAGUCUUCACUGGUCACCACUUGGACAUCAAACUGUUGACAGCAACUCGGAGUGUGACCAUCCAGCUGAUUCCUUAUCCACCACGUGGUCCAUCCGUCAAAUCCGUGCCUCUCCAGUUUGAAGACAAGUAUGUCACGUAAGACAGUGUCAAAUGCUCUGCACAAGUCCAGGUAGAUGGCAUCACUCUUAUCCACCAGCACUGUACUUCUGUCAUAGAAGGAUAUUUGUGGGGUUUGCCCUUAGUGAUGCCAUGUGGGCUGUCACCAAUCACUCUUCCAUAUUUUGUCAUCAGGUUCCUUAGCUGGUUUGGAACCUGAUCUUCCCCUUUGGUGGGUGGUUCUUUAUUCUCACAGUCCCUGCCUUUGCCACUCAGCAAAGGGGCUUGUGUAAACUUGGGCCUCAGUGGCUGAAGAACUUGCUGGUGAAGACUGAGGCAAAAAUGUCAUUGAGUCAGCCUUCUCAGUGUCCCAGGUAACCAAGUCUCCCAUUUCUUUCUGGAGUGGGCUCUCACUUUCACCAGUGUACCUGUAGAAGUUUUUUUUUUGUUGCCAUUGAUGUCCCUGGCCAGAUAGAUUUCUAUAAGGGCUUUAGCUUUCCUGACCUGAUCCCUGGCUGCUUGGACAAUUUAUCUAUAUUCCUCUCAGGCUAUGAGUCCUUGCUUUCACCCUUUUUCUGUGGGGGAAACAUAGGCUUCCUCUUGUGUUUGAGUUUGCCCAGGAGCUCCUUGUUCAUCCAUGCAGGUCUCCUGAUGUUUUUUUGCCUGGCUUCCUCUUUGUUGCAUCGCUCCUGACCUUUUAAGAGGUGAUCCUUGAAUAUUAACCAGCUUUCUUGGGUCACUCUUCCUUCCAGGGCUUUAUCCCAUGGUACUCUACCCAGAGGAUCCCUGAAGAGGCCAAGGUGUGUCCUCCUGAUGUCCAGGUUAGUGAGCUUGCUGUGUGCCUCCUCGCUGGCCUGAGGAUCUUGAAGUCCACCAUUCUGUGUCACUGCAGCCAAGGCUGCCCUUGAGAUUCACGUUCCCCACCAGCCUCUCCUUGCUGGAAAGAACAAGGUCCAGCAUGGCAACUCUCCUCAUUUACUCCUCUGUCACUUCAAGAAGCAACCUACCCAUGUAUUCCAAGAAUCCCCUGGAUUGCUCAUCCCCUGUGUGUUGUCCCUUCAAUGGAUAUUGGGGUAGCUGAAGUCCCCCGUGAGGACCAGAGCUUGUGAAUAUGAGGCAGUGCCUGUCUCUCUGUAGAGGGUCUCAUCUGCUUGGGUCUCAUCUCCUGGCUGGGUGGCCUUAGACCCCCACUAUAAUGUCACUUUUCCUUGCCCUCCCUUUAAUCCUGACCCAUAAACUCCUCAUCCAACCCCAGUACAGCUCCAAACACUCCAUGUGGUCAUGGACUUAGAGGGCAACACCCCUUUCUUCUGUUCCUGUCUAUUCUUCUGAAAGGGCCUGUAUCCUUCCACUCCAACACUCGUCAUAGGAGCCAUCCUACCACAUAUCUGAUGCCAGUAAGAUCACAGUCCUGCAGGUGUGCACAGUCUCCUACUGCUCUUGUUUAUCCCCCAUGCUAUGUGCAUUUGCACAAAGGCAUUUUUGUUGAGCCCCUGAUGGAGCAGACUUACUGGCAGGAAUGGCUGGAAUUCCCUUGCACAGCACUUCAGGUUCUGUCUUGCAAUCCCUCUCCAGACUCUGGGCAUCCCUUGCUGGUGCUGGCAUCAAAUGAGUAGGAGUGGAAUGGAUUGAGGAUUCCCUCUCCCAGCAACUUCAAUUUAAUGUCUUCUUCAUCAGCUUGGCAAACCUGUGACCAGAGAUGCUCUGCCCAUUCCCUGGCAGAUGGGCCCACAUCAGAUUCUGUCAGCCCAGGUUUUCAUUGCGAGUCCCCAGGGGCAGCCAGACCCCUGGCUGUGGCACUAGACCCCUAACCAUUUGCUGAUUUGCUAGAUUCACCUGGGCCUUUCAAAGCCCUUCCCUUUGACAGGGAGGACUGAUGAAAAAGCUGCCAGCACUUGAGUCCCUCACCGCCACUCCCAGGGAUCUGUAAUAUCCUUGGUCUUCCUCAGACCAAUCCUGGCUGUAUCCCUUGUGCCACGUCAAACACCAGCACAGAUAAUGGUCAGGAGACUGUGUGAGGCUUGGCACGAGGCUCUGGGUGACAUCCCUGCUACAGCUCUCUGGUAAUCUGUCAGGUUGAUAAGUGGGUCCCUCUGUGCCUCUCAGAGGAGAGUUCCCUGCUACUCUCAUCUGUCAACUUUGCUUGUGCUGGUUGUUACACAGGGAGCAGAUGGGGCUGCCUUACUCAGCUUCAGCCUCACUUCUGAUGUGAUGGGUCCUCCCUCUCCAGCCUGCAGAGUGCUGAAGUGGUUCUGCAGGGGCACCUCAGGCUUCAGGGAAAUCUCUUCCUCCCACAGGUCAUUUCAAGGGUUCAUUCUUCUGCCUUACUGACACCCCCCUCCUGUCUGUGUGUGCAUGGUGGGGGAGUUUUUGCCUCUUUACUGCAGGCUGCCCUUGGAACCAGCCAUCCAACUUCUUCACAGCCUGAAGUUGUCUUCUCACCCCCUCCUGCAGCUAUGCCACAGGACAUCCUCUGCCUCAGCAUACCUUUUGCAGAUAUUCAAAUACAGAGAUUUUGUUUGCAGUAUUCUUAAGUGGGUUGGAGACCACCUCUCAGCUCCAAAAGGCAUAUACUGCCAUGCACAGAACACUGCCAUCAUAUAAUUCCAAAUAAACCUAACACCUUGAAAGUAACAAAUAAAAAACCAGUUGCACAGCAAAAUUGGUCUAAAACACUGCUGUUGAAACUACACAAGGAAAAUGUCACUGGAAUUAUUUAAGGGGAAAUACAAAAAUGUUGUCCUUACAAAAGUGACUUGAUAUUUGGGAGAACAAUCAGACUGUGAGUCAUGUUCUGUGUGGAAGAGUAAAUGAUCAGCACUACUUUUGUCUUUAUUUGUAAUCUACCAUGGUUAAGGGUAACCUUUAGUUUGCUACAAAUGUUGGGAUGUAAAUCCCGAGUGACUCGUUGUUAGCGUUGUGAUGGUUAUUCUAAAUAAUCCAAUUCUACCAAAGCUUGCUCCUGUCACAGUCCAAUUUAGAUGUUUCAGAUCUGUUUUCGGAUGUUGUUUUGUGUAUCAACUUUAUGUUUCCAUUAAAGUCUGUGAUUUCAGAAA